GGUGAUGGUGCUGAUGAGGGCGAGGAGGAGACGUGUGAUGCUGCUGUUGUGUCCUGCUGCCAUUUCAUCCGCGGAUCCUCACGGAAAUAUCAACCGUCAAAUAAAGCAGCAGCUCGGAUUAUUUAUCGGUUUAAACUCUCAACAGGCUGGUUUCAUCUUUUUUUUUUUUUUAAAGCUGGUCACAUGUUAAUGGUGGACAAGAGGCCUGGUAAAUAUGAUACAUGUUAUUAGUGGGUUAUUUCUGUAAAAACAACCACUGCUGCUCUGGAGGAUCAUUUUUGGAAGACAUAAUCAUCGACAUGGGGUUUGCUUUUUGCCGCAACUGAGCUCUUAACUUCAAGACUUUAUUGAGCUGAGACAUGGAGACGAUAUGGCUUUAUCAGUUUCGUCUGAUCGUCAUCGGAGACUCUACGGUGGGAAAGUCUUGUCUGAUCCGAAGGUUCACUGAGGGUCGCUUCGCCCAGGUAUCAGACCCCACGGUAGGGGUGGACUUCUUCUCCCGCCUGGUGGAGAUCGAGCCGGGCAAAAGAAUCAAACUACAGAUCUGGGACACUGCGGGACAGGAGAGGUUCAGGUCCAUCACCAGAGCGUACUACCGUAACUCAGUGGGUGGGCUCUUACUGUUCGACAUCACAAACCGCCGUUCCUUCACCAACGUCCACAACUGGCUGGAGGAGGCCCAGAGCCACGUCCAGCCGCACAACAUCGUCUUCCUGCUGGUCGGGCACAAGUGUGACCUGGAGGCCCAGCGUCAGGUGACUCAGCAGGAGGCAGAGAAGCUGGCGGGGGCCUACGGGAUGCGCUAUGUGGAAACAUCAGCACGAGAAUCUAUCAAUGUGGAGAAGGCGUUUGUGGAUCUGACGAAGGACAUCUUUGAGCUGGUACUGAGCGGAGACAUCAAGAUCCAGGAUGGCUGGGAGGGCGUCAAGAGUGGAAUUGUUCCCAACACCGUCCAUUCCUCCGAAGAGGUCACCAAGGGCAGCCGGCAAUGCUUCUGCUGAUUUACCUGGCUGCAGCUUGUUGGGUGUGACAGGUAGUACUCCAGUGGACUCCAUCUGCAGGACAUCUCUCUCGCGCCUUGGCUGCACUCAGACCACUUUUUUGGGACUCGUAAUAUUUUCCCUGCUCAGUUACACACUUUACUUCUCUAUAUAUAAGACUUUGAUGUAUCUUUCGGGUGCCUGUUUGUGGCUCUUCGUUGAUGUUCCUAACAGGCAUAGAAGCACAAGAAGCACCCUCUCCCUGUUCUGUGUGCAUGUGACAGUAAUAAUCCUUGCAGCUCUCAACACUUCAGCUUUACUGCACUUUUGGCCUUUCCUGAUGUGUACAGUUAUUCUCCAGUAGCCAGUUAUGUUGUCGGCAUCUCUUAAAGACUGAUACUGUCAGUGUAAUGUGUUUAUGAUCUCAUGUUUUAUUUAAAACUGAAUCAGUAAUGCCGA